AGGAAAAUAAUAACAUCGGUGCGGAAAAGAGGUUAUACGUCGUAUACGCGAGUGUGCUUCUUCGAUCCGGCGUGUCUCGUUAUAUAGCUGCAUCAUUUUCCUACAGAUUUCCACGCCAAUGAAGUGUUGCUUGGCCAAUUAAACGAAACUCUCAGCAUUAAAUCGAUCUAAUAGAACAACUUCGAAUAUGUCGCUGCUCAGCGUCACGGUGAAGAAAGCGCGGUUCGUCUGCGAGGAAGCGGAACAAUUCAACUCGUACGUAACACUGAAGCUGCAAAAUGUGAAGUCGACGACAGUCACGGUGAAAGGGGCCAAUCCAUGCUGGGAGCAAGACUUUCUUUUCGAGACGAACGACAUGAACACGGGCCUUGUGGUCGAGGUCUGGUGCAAGGGUUUCCUGUGGGAUCGUUUCCUGGGCUACUACUACGUCCCCUUAUCAGAAGUGUCCUACAUGAAUGAGGUAACGUCUAAGCAGUCCCACGAUACAACCAUCACGGCGGGGAAACAAGAACAAGAACACACAACACCUCCUGACAGCACGCGAGACACGAACAGCAACACACAGCCACCAGACCUCACCAACACGGAGGGUUCCGGACAAUGGGUCAGCCUCGACUUGGAGCUCGAGAUGAGAGGUGCCGAGAUCAUCGGCACGAAAAAGCCAACUGGCCACUCGCUUCUCAUAGACUGCCGUUUGGAGCUUCCGUUCGGAAAGUGCGAACAACGAACGAGAUGGAAAGCCCUGCUAACGAGCGAAACGGCAAUGCAGUUGCGAGCAGCCCGGCCCAUGUGUGGCUCAGACCCCGAGAACACGGAGGCGGCCGAUCUGCAGAGGAAGCUGGAAAUGCUGAACAACAUGAUGGACCAGGAAGCACGAGCCGAACAGGCACGACGACAGAUAUUGUACAAUAUAGGCCACUCCGGUUACUCGGAGGAUUCCGACUAUACGUCAGAUCUGAAUUAUCCAGUUGGCGGACAAGGUGCAAACAGCUCGGCUUCCCAGUUUCGUACCGCUGCCAACCAAUUGGCCACCCCUCAGAGAUCCCUUGAGACCUCGAGAGAAAAUAGCUACGAGAGGGAUGAUCAUCAGAUUCCAGCCACGGUCGGAGGAAGGCUAUCUAUAAUUAAUUACGCGGGCUACAGUGGAUCAGGCCACAGUCCACGAUACGACGAACCGUAUCCCGAAGAGUGCCCACCUCAAAGGUAUUCACAGUCUCAACACGCUUCCGAAUCUUCUGAGCCACUCUUCUACAACAGCCGGCCCAGGCACUAUAAGGAGUACAGACGACGGAAGCAUACGUGGGAUUACGAGGACAGUCAAGACGGUUGGUAUAGCGAAGAUUACGACUAUCAUGGAACGAGAGUCGACGAAACCAAAAUCUAUAGCGAUACCGAAUAUUAUCCGAGUAGUACAACGAGUGCUUCCAGACGGAGAGGACAUCACAGAAGACCAUCUUUGGAAAGACAGAUGACUUUAUACGACGACCAUUCUUACUAUACCGAUGGAUAUAGUAGUGACGGAAGAGUGGGGAAAAUGAGCGCCACGUAUCCUGAAUGCCAAACGGACAUUAGGUACAAUGAGUACUACGAUAGCAUCACGGGAUAUGGUUAUCAAGAUGAAAGGUAUGGCCAAGACGACGAGGAUAGACAAUGGGAUAGUGGAGGGAAGUGGUAUCUAGGAACUAGUACCUAUUAUGAGAAUAAACGGAAUAGAAAAACGCUUCCACAGAGGCCUGCAUCUAGUAUCGGUAUUCAUCGACCCGAUUACAGACCAACGGUUACCAGACAACGUAGUUACGAAUCGGAGGAACUCAAUUAUAGUGGUCACAGCACUCGUCGUCGAAAACCGCUUCAACCGCAACAACGACCACCGUCUAGGCAAGAAGGGACGGGUAAGAAACUACCUCCGACACCAACAAAACCAAGCAAUGUUAUUAUCAAUCGUAUGCUUGCCACAUCGAGCAGGCAACUGCCAAAGACUAGAACUCCUUCCGAGGAGAGCUAUCACAAGUCUGACUACAACGAGGACUAUAAUUACGCUUAUCGCAGCCAAGAUAAUUUACCUCAGGAUACCUAUAUUGACAGUAUAUAUAGCGAGCAAAGUGGUUACGACCAAGUGCACGCACCUGGCAAAACUCAAUACGCUGAGGAUAGUCAAUACGGGUCCAGUUACACGCCCCAGGUCGAUGACCAGUAUGGUCGUUCGUAUCAAGAGCCACAGACACAGGAUACGUACGAUCAAUCGUAUUUACAAAACUCGUAUAAGGACGAGUUUCAAAAGCCUUACGUGGAACAGAACACUCAGGUUUAUCAGGAUACGUAUCAAGAUAUAACAUAUCCGAACGCGAGCCAACCGAAUGAUCAAUACACUAGCCAACCGAACGAUCAAUACAGGAAAAUGAGCAGAGAUAUGAUAAUAGACGACAAUUACCAGGUGAUGGGUGGUGGUUACGAUCAGAACAAUGUUCAAUAUCAGGACAGGAAGAAAGUAUCUACCUAUAAGAAUACGUAUCAAGAGCAAUACGAUGGUUACAACGUGCCGUCGAGCGUAUACGAUCAAAAUAACGUGACAAAUACGUACAAUCAAUACCAACAAGAGCAAUACGAUUCUCAGUACAAUAUAAACACGUCGACCGAUUACCAGAAGACAUAUCCGGAUACGUAUAAUCAAGAAACGUACAACACCAAAGCCUAUAGUCAAGAGACUUACAAUCAGGACACGUAUAUUCAGGAUACGUAUAAUCAAGAAACGUACCAUCAGCAAGAAGAAACCUAUAACCAGCAAGAUACGUACAAUCAGGUGGUGCCCAUUUCGCAAAGUAAUUACGAGGAUACUUAUAGCAAACCCCAGAAGGAUUACGUUAAUUAUCAAACACCGUAUAGCAAAGAGGAGACUGUUAACAUGACGUACGAGAAUGAUUAUCAAGAUCAGUAUCAAGAGCCUUACGAAGAUUCUUAUCACGAAUCUUAUCAGGAAUCGUUCGAGGAACAUUACAAAGAGAGUCCAGCUGCCAGUACGGAGAGAAGAGCGAGCGAAGUGCCGGAAUUAUCGGUGACCACGCCAAGAGGUCAGACGAGAACGAAUGGAUAUCAGUCGAGCGAAUCGGACUAUUAUUUAAUGUCUCAGGAAAGUCAAGACGCGUCCUCGACCGGUGUAUCGAGAAAGAAGAAGCACGAGAAACGUGAACCUAGUCCUCUCGUCCAGCAAAAUACCGAUUCCUUGGAAUCCAAAGACGACGAAUUGAAGGAAAUCGAAACUGCCGUGAGUUCUAUUAGUAGCAUUCCACAGAAGAAAGGAAUCGGUGAUUAUCCGACACCUGCUGACUCCAGUUCUGUUGCCCCUACUUUGAUCGAAUCUCCCCAAAGCAGCCUUCAACCCGCUACAACGAUGGUUAAUCACGUAACAGCCAAUCAUAUUCCAACGAGUAUGACGGUGACGGCAAUGGUUCACACGACGGGUAAUGGAAAACGAUUGACGAGAACCGAGUCGUAUCAGGAGGAAGUGAUUGAGGACGAAGAAUAUCCGGAAAUCAUACCGAAGGAACCGCAGAGGAAAGACUCGCAGUUAUCGUAUCAGAGUCAACAUUCUUCCCAGCACAGCGUGCAUUCUCAAAAACCAAAAUUGACCAGAGGUGAUUCUUACGCCUCCGACCACUUCCUCGAGGAAUCGUACAGCAGAAGAAGUUCAUACGCGCAGUCAACGAGAAAAGACUCUUUCUCUUCAACCACACAAGAAAACUUUAAACCACCUCUCACCAGAACAGACUCGUACCAAAACAGAGGUAGCUACGGGCAGAACUUCAGCGCUCCUCAACCUAUUUCCAGAGCUGAGAGUUAUCAGCGUGGAUACUUCAAUGACCAAAAGUCUGUGGAGGAACCGGAAGUUAGCCUGAGCAAUGCGGUGAACGACGAUUAUAAGAUGAGAGAGGAGUCUCUUGAAAGGUACGACGAUGAACCAAUGCUUCGUGAUUCUCGGGAGGAUUCGUUGAUGGACACGUACAAAGCUACACCGCCGAUGUCGCAUACCGAUAGUCCACGUGGAAGCAUAACGAAACAAGCGUCUUUAGAAGAAAGUGUUCAAAUGGAUACUCCACCGAGGAGUCCACCGGAACCACCACCGGAUAAGGAGCUUCUAGAGAUGGUUGGAGCUGCACCAGUGCCUACACAGUUGAAAGAAAGACCAGAGAUGACGGCUAAGCAGCGAUGGCAUUGGGCGUAUAAUCAAAUAGUGAUGCAACUACGGGUGAGUACCUUUUUUUCGUUCAAAUCCCAUCGAAAAAUCGCGUCGAAAUUGUCGCAUGACUGAAAUCGUCGAUCGCAGGUGAGUCUUUGCGCGAUGCUUUGCCCUUAAUCAGUUAGUUCGAACAAGCGUCGACACGCGUAUAUAUCGUAACAUUGAAUAAAUGGUAUCCGCGAUACGAUACCAAUCACUUUAUGCCCAACCUAUAAACCCCAUGUUUAAACCCUUCGAAACAACGAUACCAAGGAUAACUUAUUGCCCUUAAGAGGGUUUCGAAUUUUCCGCCUUUUAAAAUUAAUAUGUAUCGGAUGCCGUUAAAUGUAAGAUAAAGCGAGUACAUUGUCUUGACAAUUUUAUCCGAUUUGUCAUCCGAGAAAGUGUAUAUUUUCCCCGAGCAAAGCUUCACUUCUCGCAUUAAUAUCGUUUAUCGUGAUAAAGUGACUCACAAUUCUUUACAGCAAUAAUUAAUUUUACAGGUAUGAAUGACUCUUUAAUAUUUUUGUUUCUUCCACUGGUUUGUGGAUUUUAAAAUCGAAUUUUAAAGCAAGGAUUUAAUAUAGAAUUUCAUUCGUAUAAGAAAUAUUUACAUUAAGUUAAUCCAGUGUUGGUAAAUGAAUGUAGAUGUUUCAAUUCUUUAUUUAAAACUUUGAUACAGUUAUCGGAAGAAACCGUCAAAAUGACAAGUUCGUUCAGACGUUAACGAAAGGAGUUCUUCGGGACGACAAAGUGAUUAAAUAUGCACGAGAUGUUUCGCAAUGUAUAAUUUGGUAUCGCGGAUGUGUUUUGGAAUAAUCUUCGAAAAUGGAAAUUUCGAUAGUACGAUUAUAGUACGAUUUGAAAUUAAUAUUAAAAUUUUGAAAGACUUGUGUGAAAAGAUUUUUUUUUAAAUCUUUUUUCGCUUAUCAAAUAUGUAUAUAUUUUUGCUUUAUCGAAUUUCUUUAAAUAAGUUUCACUUGCUGAAAUUAUUUUCGUAUAGUGAUUUAUCCAAAUUUUUUUUUCACAGAUAUUUUAUCAUUAUAUUGUUUACAAUUAAUUAUUAAGAAGAAAAGAAACGUAUAAUUUAUUGAAAAAACAGAUUGCCAGAGCAUUAUGAUUAACGAUAUUCAUACAAAAAAACAUUAAUUAAUUUUUGAUAAAAUAUAAAGAAUUUUAGAUACGUCACAAAAUUUGGCAAAAAAUUGUCACAAAUAAUUAUUUAUCAAAUUUUCAUAGUCAUUACCAGAUCAGCACGAUAUCUUUAACAAAAUGAUAUAAAAUUUAUUUCUCUACGUUGCAUUUUAAACCUUUAAUAAUAAAUAUAAUAAACUUUCUUUCAUUUUAAUUUUUCAUUCAUUUUUAUAUAUAUGUAUUUUUUUUCUACAGAACAUAUUUUUAUAUAGAACAAUAUUAAUAUAAUCCAUUGAAAUAAAAUUUUGUCAGCCAAUUUAAUAUUAAAAAGUUGAAAAUUCGACAAUAUAUAUUUCCACAAUAUAUUACUUUCAACGAUAGAUUUUCAUUUCUGAUGAUAUCGUAUAACGGAUCGUGAUGUUAAUUCAUUUACCAGAACAUCGAGCAUUCCUUCGAGAGGCCUGAUACCACUCGAAAAUCCAUUCGAACAAGUAUUGAUACGAUUUACAUUUUACGUGGUUACUCUGCGGUAUUCUCUUGGCUAAAUCGCCGUUAAAUCCGUACAUGAUUUCGGUUCCAAUACCAAACGUGUGUUUCCCAUGGAUUCUAAGAUCCCUGGUUAAUUGACUCGUCCCCUUUUCUGUGUAAACCAGUUUAUUAAGGUUCUGCAGUUUAAAUUUACGUAGAGAUUUCUAUAAACGUGUGAAAAAGAAGAACGAGAGGAAAUUAAUAUUAUAAUUAAAAAUUGAAAUAUCUCUUUUUAACGUAAUAUUGAUGUUAUCAAGGUAAUUAAUUCUUGAUGAAAGAGCUUCUUUUUUUUUUAACAGUACCAUAGUAAAAUAAUUUUGUCGAAUAUUUUAAUCAGGAUAUUAUUUAUAUAUUGAGAUUGUUAUUAGUAUUCAUUGAUAUGUGGACAAUAGAGAAAUAAAAUGAAAUGAAAGUUAAAAAGAUUAGGAGAAAAUAUUUUUCUGUAUUUUAUUAGAGUAUAAGAUGAUACUUUGAUUUUUCGAUUUAUUUUUUGAAAGUAGAUAAUAUUAUCUUAUAAUAGCUAUUAUAAAAACGAAGAAUGUUUUUGUUAUGAAAAAAAUAAAUUUAAUUACGAUAUUUCAAUAAAGUAUUUAUCUUACGAGUAUUCUAAUUAAAUUCAUUUUAUAACGAAAAACUUUCGCGUCUUUGCAAUAUCUAUUAUUAUUAUAUUGUGAUGAUAUCAUCUAUUUUAACAAAAUAAAUCUUAAUUAAGAAAGACGUAUGAAACUUGGUGCGAACGCGCGCAAGUUUGUCAACGUUUUAAGCGAAAGAUUAAAAUGUUCAAUAGAGAAAAACAGUGUUGUGUUAGUGGUUUGACUGUUAUAUAAUUUUUAAUAAAACGGCCCGCUUAAUUUGCCGUGUCAGUGUUCGAUAAAGUUUCAGCAAUUUAUGUCGUGAUAUAAUUAACGCGAACACACCAAAGGCGUAACGAUGUUAAACGAUACUGUAUACGCGCAAAAACUGAACUUUAUGCUGGUGAAAAGCUUAAUAAAAAAGGAUUAAUUAUAAAUCGACGUGCGUAAAAUAAUAUUCUUUUACAGUUGCACUUUUUUUUCGUUUACAAAAAAUAAUAUAUUUCAAUUAUGCGGGGAAAAAAUAUGUU